ACUAAACUCCUCUCUUGUCUCUUUCCUGCACUAGAGGCCAUGGCUGCUGCAAAUCCAGCAAAAAGUCUCCAGGAUGAACUGACCUGUUCCAUCUGUCUGGACUAUUUUAAAGAGCCGGUGUCUCUAGACUGUGAUCACAAUUUCUGCCGAGCCUGCAUCACCCAGUGCUGGGGGGUAUUCGCUACUGAUAUCUCCUGCCCUCAGUGCAGAGAGAUCUUUCCCCAGAGGAACCUCAGGCUGAACAGGCAGCUCAGGAAUGUUGUGGAAGCAGCCAGAGAACUUGGGUUGCAGACAGGGAGGGAACCAGAACCAGAGAGACUGUGUGAGAAACACAAGGAGCCUCUAAAACUGUUCUGCAAAGAGGACAAAAUCCCCAUCUGCCUGGUGUGUGACAGAUCCCAGGAGCACAGAGAUCACACAGUCAUUCCUGCAAAGGAAGCUGCCGAAGAAUUCAAGGAGAAGAUUCAAGCCCAUUUGAAGACGCUGAAGGAAGAGAGAGAAACGCUCCUGGGAUUUAAAGUGAGCGGAGAGAAGAGAAGCCAGGAAUAUCUGAGAAAUACACAAACCGAGAGGCAGAAGAUUGUGUCUGAAUUUCAGCAACUGCGGCAGUUCCUGGAGGAACAAGAGCGACUCCUGCUGGCCCAGCUAGAGAAGCUGGACAAGGAGAUAGUGAAGAUACAGAAUGAAAAUGUCAGUAAAUUAUCUGAGGAAAUUUCCCGUCUCGAUAACGUGAUCAGUGAGAUGGAGGGGAAGUGUCAGAAGCCAGUGACUGAAUCGUUGCAGGACGUCAGAAACACCUUCAGCAGGUCUGUGAAGGGGAAGUUCCAGCAGCCAGAGGAGAUUUCUCCUAAGUUAGAAUUAAGACUCAGUGAUUUCUACCAGAAAAAUGUUGCUCUCAUGGAGACUCUCAGGAAGUUCAAAGACACUCUGCCAUCUGCACUGGAGACAAAAAGAGGAGGAUUCCUAGGAACAUUCAGACAGGUGAAUGUGACUCUGGAUCCAGACACGGCUCAUCCCAAACUCGUCCUGUCUGAGGAUUGGAAAAGUGUGAGAUGGGGAGACACACGGCAGCGACUGCCCAACAACCCUGAGAGAUUUGACACUCGGCCCUGUGUGCUGGGCUGUGAGGGAUUCACCUCAGGGAGACAUUGCUGGGAGGUGGAGGUGGGAGAUGGGGGAUGCUGGGCUGUGGGGGUGGCCAGAGUGUCUGUGGGGAAGAAGGGACAGAUCAGCCAUAGCCCUGAGGGGGGGAUCUGGGCUGUGCAGCGGUUGGGGGGUCAGUUCCAGGCUCUCACCUCCCCUGUGACCCCCCUGCCCCUGAGACAGGCCCCCAGCAGGAUCCAGGUUUGUCUGGACUGUGACCGGGGGCAGGUGACAUUUAUCGAUGCUGGUGACGAGGCCCCGAUCUUCACUUUCCCGCCCGGCUCCGUCCCUGGGGGGAGAAUCCGACCCUGGCUCUGGCUGGGGCGGGGAUCCCGGCUCAGACUGUGUCCCUGAGACACAGCAGAAAGAGGAACUGGAAAUCAGCCUCUUUAGCCACAUGGACCCAAGUCUCUAUGAUCUUGGAGGACUCCCAUCUACCCAGCCCCUUUCUCUUCAUCUCUAUGGCUGCUGGAAGUUCCUUCCCUUCACUCUCUGCAGCCCCAGGGAUGGGAGG